AUGGCAACCUCACGAGAUACCCACGACCAGGACCCAAUGGACCGCGAAGAAGAGCAAGAAGACGCCACCGAAACCUCCCCGCUCCUCCCUCCCUCCGACCCGCCCACCGCCCCCGACCAAUCCCAACCCCACCGCGAACGCAGCGCCGAGUCUCUCCUCCGCCGCACCCUCUCCGACUCCUCCACCUCUUCCCCCAAAAAGCACAAGUCAUGGCGUCAGCGAUGGCCCUCCCUCCUCGCGCUAGCGGUGCUGUGUCUGGUCGUCGUGUUGAUUAUGGUGUUUGCGUUCUUCGCGCCGAAUAUCGUCGAGCAGUACGCGAAAGAAGCCGCUGUGUUCACGCCGCGGAGUCUGAGCGUGGAUGAGUUUACCGGGUCGGGAGUAAGGGCGAGGGUGCAGGGAGAUUUCACCCUCGAUGCGAGGAGGGUGCAUAAGAAGGCCGUGAGGGAUUUAGGGCGGUUUGGAACGUGGGUGGCGCGGUACGCAGAGAGCGGGGAGAGCGAGGUCGAGAUCAGUCUGCCAGAGUACGGGAACGUGGUGUUGGGGACGGCCAAGGUGCCGAAGGUCGUGGUGGAUCUGCGGAACGGGCACACGACUGCUGUGGAUGUGCUGGCGCAGGUGGAGCCGGGGCAGAAGGAGGGUUUGAGGAGGGUCGCGGGGGAUUGGGUGGAAGGGAGGUUGGGGAGGAUGAGGGUGUUGGGAAAGGCGAGUGUGCCGGUGAAGAGUGGGAUUUUUGGGUUUGGGACGCAGAAGUUGAGGGAGGAGGUGGUGUUUGAGGAGGGUGAUGUGCCGGCUGUGCCGGAGUAUGAUAUUAGGAAGAUCAAUGUCCAUGAGGCGGAGGGCGACGAGGAGGGGAUGGAGGCGGAUGUUAGGCUGAGCGCGAUGAACGAUUACCCAAUUGAUUUCGAGGUGCCCGGACUGGGGUUUGAGGUGUUGGUUGAUGGGUGUGUGGAUAGCGAUCCCUACAUCCAUGUUGCAAACGCGAAGACGGACGAGACGCACGUUCGACCGAAGCGAGAGGUGGAGUUGGACGUCACGGGUAUGGUGCGAAAGCUGCCAGAUGUCCUGACACAGGACUGCCCGGACUCCGACAAGUCACCCCUCGACACCCUUCUCGGCAACUACAUGCGUGGCAAGGAGAACACCAUCUACGUCCGCGGUUCGAAGUCGCCUUCUAAAGACACGCCUAGCUGGAUCACUGAACUGAUCCGCGACAUCGUCGUUCCUGUCCCUCUUCCAGGCAAGAGCAUGGGGCAUCUCAUCCGCAACUUCACACUCGCAGACACGCACUUCAGCCUUCCCGAUCCCUUCGCCGAUCCGGACGCACCAGAGUCGCAGCCCAGGAUCUCAGCCAAGGUGCAGGCUCUGGUCGCUCUGCCGGAAGAAAUGAACUUCAACAUCUCCGCCAACCGCGUGCGAGCCGAUGCAGAUGUUUACUACAAGCACAAGAAACUCGGCAACUUGGACCUCCACCGCUGGCAGCCUGCGAACUCCACACGAGUAGAAGGCACAAAGAAAGAAGGACCAGGCUUAAUGGUCGAGAGCAUAGUCGACAAAGCCCCGCUGAACAUCACGGACAACGACGUGUUUGCGGACGUGAUCCAGGACAUGGUGUUUGGCGACAAAGGCGUCGUGAUGCAGAUCAAGGCCGAUGUGGAUGUAGAGGUCGAGACGGCGCUGGGGGAGUUCAAGGUCAGGAGGAUUCCGGCCGAGGGGGAGGUGCCUGUUAAGCCCAUCUCCUCCUCGCCUUCUCCACCCUCCCACGGCGCUCCGUCCAACUCCACAUCCAACGACACGGUCUCGAUCGGUGGCGCACUCAACCCCAAGAUCGUCGACCUCCACAUCCUCUCCACCACUCCGUCCUCGCUCACCUUGACCGCUCUGCUGAACCUCACGAACCCAACCCCUUAUACCGCGACGAUACCGUAUCUGGACCUGCAUAUCAUGAAGAACAACUCUUUACUCGCCAAUGCUACGUUACGGGAUACCACGAUCGUGCCGGGGAAUAACUCCAACAUUUUAGUAGAAGCGACGUACGAUCCUCUGACGCUGGGCGGCGAGGAGGGGAAGAAGGUGGGCAGGGAGAUGCUGAGCCAGUACAUCUCCGGCUGGAACACGACCGUCACGAUCAAGAUGCACGAGGGUUCGAUCCCGACUCUACCGGGCUGGGGCAAAGUGCUCGGCCGGUUUGGAGCAGAGGUCCGGGCGCCGAGGUUGGGUGUGCCGCACCAUGGCUCCUCCUCCCCGGGAGACGGCGACGAGGAGGACGAUGGGAAAAUGCACUUCAUCUCCGACGCCACCAUGCAUCUUCUCACCUCCACCGCGACCUUCACCCUCCUCUCCCCGCUCCGCCACAGCACCCUCAUCAUCGAGAACCUCGACGCCACGGCCUACUACCACGGCGACAGCGUCGGGCACAUUCAAUAUUCCAUCCCCUUCGCGGUUCCACCGGUCGACAGCGAGGGGAACGGCGUGCAGAGCCCCCGGUUGCCUGUAGAGUGGAGUCUGGGCAGCGUGGGGUAUGAGGCGGUGAAGAACGCGUUGGGGGGGACUUUGAAGUUGGGGGCGAGGGCGGAGGUGGGGGUGCGGUUGGGGGAGUGGAGGGAGGGGGUUUGGUUUGAGGGUGGGGGGAUUGGGGCGAGGGUGAGGCUUUGA